GGGGCGUCCUCCAUAUCUAAUGCCCGUUCCCCUCCCGGAUCCACCAUUGGGGGAGAGAGAGCGGCCUUUGUCUUGCCACACAGCUGCAUCGGGGCGAUUUGGUGAGAGGCGCUGGGCUCAUCUGGGCGAAGGGGAGCCCCGGGAGGCUUGCAAGGAGAGAGGGGGGGGGGGAGGAAGCUAGGAGUGGGGCGGGAAGACCCAGAGGGAGAUCCUUGGCCCAGAGCCCAGCCAGUGAGUGGAGAGAAAAGGCGCAAGAAAUGUGGGUCGCUUGCAAACUGGGAGGGGUCCUUUGCGGAGCUGGGAAGAGCGAGGCGAGCCUAGCUCUCUGUUUCGCCCCAAAAUGGACAACAUUCCCCGCUCCCCGCAGUAUUGGGGGAUCCGUUUUCAGUCGUCUUCUCUGCAAAAACAAGCAGGCCUCUUGAAUUCGGCGAUUUUUAAAAACGGGCGCAAAACGAACCCACCUGGUUCUUCGAUUAUAUAUGCCUCUACUUCGAUUAGAAUGAGCGAUCCCCUUUGAAAACCGAACAAACCUCGCCUCCCCCGGUGCAUUUUUGCACGGGGCAGAGCAGUGCUGCCGGGGGGGGUAUUUUUAAGCAGGACGCAAUUUCCUUUAAAGGGGAAGGCUGAAAACAAGAGGGAAGAGAGAGAGCCCAGUCGGUAGAUCGCGAGAUACUUACUUUCAGGGUCGUGGGUUCGAAAGAUUCUAACACUGCAGGGGGUUGGGCUAGAUGACCCUCGCGGUCCCUUCCAAUUCUGUGAUUCUGUGGUCGUUCUCGGUUGUUGCAGAGCUUGAGGAUUCCGCUGCUUGGGAACUGGUUACUUUCCUGUGCAAACCUUUGCUUUUGCUCUCACAAGGCAGUUCUCAGCUGCGCGAGAAAGAGAACCUGCAUGUACCCUGCCAGUAUACCAGAGAAAUGUUACUUUGUUUUACAUUGUUCUCCAAAUAUAACUAAAAUAGAGAAAAUAAAAUGGGUUUUCCUUAGAAAUGGGCAGUUUUCUUUGAGUUCCAUUGGACAAAAAGGCAGAUAAUUAAUAAAGUGCAGUAUCACCCAUCCAGUGCUUUUUUUGUCGUGGCCCCAGUCACAGUGCCGCCACCCCACCCUCACCCCCGGGCAGGGGCUAAAUGUCAUUAAUAUAACUCAAGCAGGCAAUGAUAUGGAUUAGAAAUGGCCACAACUUUAUUGAUUACAGAUCUAGGUGGAUUUUUGGUUCAGGCAUUGGGUGUACAGUGGUACCUCGGGUUACAUACGUUUCAGGUUACAUACGCUUCAGGUUACAGACUCCACUAACCCAGAAAUAGGACCUCGGGUUAAGAACUUUGCUUCAGGAUGGGAACAGAAAUCGUGCUCUGGCGGCGCGGCAGCAGCAGGAGGCCCCAUUAGCUAAAGUGGUGCUUCAGGUUAAGAACAGUUUCAGGUUAAGAACGGACCUCCAGAACGAAUUAAGUACUUAACCCGAGGUACCACUGUAUAUCUGUUCCAGCAUCCCCAGACAAAAUAAUAAUUAUUAUUUAAUUUUUAAAAGGUAGGGGAACUCAGUUCCCCCAGGUUUCUGCUAAAACAACAACCACCACCCUGCAACCAUCAAGCAGCAGCCUUGAUUUAAACUAUUUUCACAGUAGCUUAAGAGUAACAGGCUUAAGGAGAACAAGGCAGUGAGGAAAAGGGGUUGCUAGAGGGAGGGAAGUGGGUUCAAGGUUUUAGCAAAAGGCAUUCACUGCUUUUCCUUCUGGGAUGAGUCCAUGUUGGUAGCAGGAAACAUCCAUACAGUGGUGCCCCGCAAGACGAAUGCCUCGCAAGACGGAAAACCCGCUAGACGAAAGGGUUUUCCAUUUUUGAGUUGCUUCGCAGGACGAAUUUCCCUAUGGGCUUGCUUCGCAAGAUGAAAAUGUCUUGCGAGUCUUGAGAUUUUUUUUUCGCUUUCCCCCCCUUUAUCUAAGCCGCUAAGCCUUUAAUAGCCUUUUAGCAGCUAAUCCACUAAGCCGAUAAGCCUUUAAUAGCCGCUAAACCGCUAAUAGCACUAAUCUGUUAAGCCGCUAAUGCGGAAGGGAUUAAUUUCGUCUUGCGAGGCACCACUGUAUUUGUUGGGGGGAAGUCUUCCUUGCCUGGGCCAUUAAUGGACCUAACAGAAGGAUGUCUUGGCUUUGCAGGCCUUAUCAACACCACUAGUUAGGGACAUCUCUGCCUUGAGACGAAAAGCUGGCAGGCAAAAGACGCAAGCCUUCUCUCACGCUGGAGGCUUCCAAGAUGGAAGAGCAAGACUCCGCUGCCUCUGAAUCAGGAAGGAGCCCUGAAAACAUCAAGAUUGGGAGCAGCGGGGAAUCCUGGGAGAAAACCAUGCAGAAGACUCUGAGCGAGAACUUGCUCAGAGCUGAUGUGCAGCACCAGCGCUUCAAGCAGUUCCGCUACCAAGAUGCCGAGGGCCCCCGGGAAGUGUGCAACCGCCUCCACGACCUUUGCCAUCAGUGGCUGAAGCCGGAGCAGCACACGAAGAUCCAGAUCCUGGACUUGGUGAUCCUGGAGCAGUUCCUGACCAUCCUUCCACCGGAGAUGGAGCGCUGGGUCAGAGAAUGUGGAGCAGAGACCAGUUCCCAGGCAGUGGCCCUGGCAGAGAUUUUCCUCCUGACUCAGGCAGAAGAGAAGAAGCAGGAAGAGCAACAGGUGAGAGCACUUUGUUCCAGGGGCCCAGGAAUGUGAGGGAGGAUACCCUAAAACUCCCCACUAAUUGUCCAGCUGUUUGGGGAAAUAAUAUCUGCAAUCCCAAGGCCUUUGCUUCUGAUCACUCCUUUUCUCUCUAAUCAAUGUCUUCUCCCUAGUCAGUGUCUCGGAUCUUGUUGAUUUUUCAGGGGCAGGGGCUGUUUGGUGCUGAUUUCUCCGAGGCAGAGAAGACUUCAACAGACACCAAACACAGCCCCCUACGGAAGGGGAUCAUGCCAGAGGGUGACGGUGGGACCAGCUGGCAAGGUAUGGAUUUGAACUUGGUCUCCCCUAUUGAGGAUGUAAGAAACCUGUGGGCUCUUUUUGUGCCUCCCUGGGUCUCCCAAGUCUCCAGUCUUUUGCCGUAAUUCAAAAAAAUGGGUUGCUUGUUCAGUAUUUGGAAGACUUUGCUAGCACUUUGAAUUGUGCCCAAGAUGAAAAUGGGGAAGAGCGUUUUCACCCAAAUUAAAUAUAAAAUGGGUAUAAAUGUAUUCUGACAAGACAUUUUGUAACAUUCAUGUGUGCUUCGACAUGCACCACUUAAAUCUCUGAAGCAAUGAUGUGUUACUGCAGUGAUGUGGGUGGCCUUCCAAAUGAUGUCUGAACUACAGCUCCCCUCAGUCUAAGCCAGUAUGGCCAAUAGCCAGGGAUGAUGGGAGAUGGAGCCCAAUAACACCUGGAGGACCACAGGUUCUCCAUCAUGUGCAACUGGCUUCCCACCACUUUGUCUCUUACAGGCUAUGGAACGCUUCCAGCAAUACGUGCUCAGCAAUCUCUUCUGUGCGGUGGACGAGAAACGGCUUCUGGGCAGCCUGAUAAGGUAGGGGGCGAGGAUUGUUGAGGAAGCUGAUUUAAGACGGAUUCUGUGCCUCUGUCCUGUCACCUCCCUAGACCUGAACAAAUCUCUCAUGGGCAUAAGAAGAGCCCGGCUGGAUUCAUCUAAUCUAGCACCUGCUCUCACAUUCACCCAGAAACAGUACAUGAGGACAGCAGUGUUCUCUCCACUUGUGAUGCCCAACAACUGGUACCCAGAGGCAUACUGCCUUCAGAGAGGAGGCAGAACAUGCCAUUGAUAGGCUUGUCCUCCAUGGAUUCAUUUAACCCUUUAAAAACCUAUCCAGCUGGCUGCAUCUUCUGCUGUGAGAAUAAGUGCUUUCUUUUGUCCUGAAUUUACAUUCAGCUACAUUGGAUGGCCGCAAGUUGUAGUGUUAUGGGACAGGGAGAAAAACUUCUCUCCCUCCACUGUCUCCACUUUGUGCAUCAUUUUAUUUUAUUCCCCCCCCCAUUUUUUUUAUUAGUUUUCCAAAUUUAUAACAGAUAUAACGCAACACACAAUAACAAACAAAUAACAAAACAUAUUAAAAAGAAAAACAAACAUACAAAACUUCUUACAGUUAAAAAUCCAAGUUAAAUUCCAUUAUUAAAUGACUUCCUCAAAUCCUUCCUAACUGAUUUUCAUUAAAUCUCAUUUUAGCAGUUUUCCAAUAUCCACUUUCUAAUAAAAUUAACUUGUUUAAAUUACUAACUUCUUUUACUUUUAGCUUUUAGCUUUUGCUGAAAGAUAACAUCUCUUGUUAUAUUCCUAUGAAGGAAAGGUUCUUGUCUUUCUCCCCCAGGAUCUGGCAACCUUGAAGGGGUCUGCUAUGUACCUUUCUAAGGAGGAGAGGGCUUUGCUGGAUCCAGAACAGAGAGCUGUGCACAGGCAGCUUGUGAUGAAGAGCUGUGGGAUCAUGGCCCCUCUAGGUAAUGUUUCUUCUUCCCUGGUUGAUGAUGAGACCUGUUUACAAACCCAAAAUAACAUUUGUGUCUAACCUGAUGGCCCAACCUUUAACCACCUGGCUCCAUCCAGAUGUUUUGGACUACAGUUGCCAUCAGUCCAGCCAGCACAGCUGAUGGGUUGUAGUUCAAAACAUCUGGAGGGCACCAGGUUGGCAAAGGCUGCCGUAACCAGUGUUAACAAGGUCAUCUGGUUAGCUGGGAGCUGAACCCUGGUCUCUAUGAACUUAGUCCAACUAUAUCAUGGCAGCUGUCACUUAAUGCAAGGAACGAUCUCCCACCUAAUAUUUUAGUCGUUUAUCACAAUGGCUAAUUGUAGCUCAAUUAUUUUUAGGGCCCCAUUUCUUAAACUCGCUUAUCCCUGUCCUGCCCUUAUUCCAGGAGGUGAAAGAUGGGAAGUGGAGAGUAAAGGAGAAACGCGAGGGAUGUCGCCGGAAAGAGGGCGGUGCAAAAAGAGUGAAGAGCAGAAAAGGAAAACCGAAGUAAACCAUAAAAGGAGGACUAAAUCCCCCGUUUCUGAAGACGGCGACUAUCAUGAAAUCACAGUCCAAGGGAAAAUAGGGAAAAUAAGGAAAAGAAGUGAAAAACGUAAGUGCCAUGUUUGGGGGCGGGGGGAGUUAAAAUUCUAAAAUCCUGAAGCUUGUUGCAAAAUCUGCACAGGAGAGAAAUGAUUUAAAAUACGGGGGUGUGGAAAGAACGUAACUGUGAGUAUGCAGCUCACUACCCAUGGAAAUAAUCAGCACAGGGGAGGAAACGUAUACAUGCUCAAGCGUAGCGGGGUGUGCGUGGCAUCCACAAGGUUCUCCAUCUACCUGCCUGCUUUCUGUACCCUCACUCAGUCCAGGCAGCUUCUCUGCCUAUCAGCUUCUUCCUCCAUAGGCUCAGUCUUGCCCUUGUAGAACACAGCAAAGAGGAAGAUGGGGACAAAACUAGAACUAAUUGGUUCUGCCUGUCAUUGGCUCUGGCUCCACCUACUGUUGGUCCUCCUGCCUUUCCCCCUACCAAUCUCAGUGGGCACCAACCACCACUGGUGCGUGUGAGAGGCACAGCCAAAGUGGACCCCAUGGCAGCAGUAGAAUUUGGACUCUGAUUUCCUGGGUGUGCUGUUAUUGUAGAGUUAUUUGCUUUUUCAUAUAGUCAUUUAUUUCUUUGGCUUUGGUGACUGACUGUUUUCAGAGACUUGAUUUGCUCCUAUAUCAGUUAUUCCGGUAUUAAUUACCGUAUUUUUUGCUCUAUAAGACUCACUUUUUCCCUCCUAAAAAGUAAGGGGAAAUUUGUGUGCGUCUUAUGGAGCGAAUGCAGGCUGCGCAGCUAUCCCAGAAGCCAGAACAGCAAGAGGGAUUGCUGCUUUCACUGCGCAGCGAUCCCUCUUGCUGUUCUGGCUUCUGAGAUUCAGAAUAUAUUUUUUCUUGUUUUCCUCCUCCAAAAACUAGGUGCGUCUUGUGGUCUGGUGCAUCUUAUAGAGCGAAAAAUACGGUACUCUUGCUUUUUAAUAAGGAUUUUUUAUUUUUUGCAGUUUGGCCCUACAUGUGAGUAGUAGCUGAACUGAAGUUCUCUUCUUUUCCUCCCCCUGCUGUACUAGCUGUUAUUAAAAUAAGUGAGCCGCCGACCGUUAAAAGGCAGAGGACUUACUUUUUCAACAAGGAGUGGGAAGAGAGGUAUUGCUUUGUGGAUCUGAAUGGCAAGUGCGUCUGCUUAGUCUGCUCCUCAACUGUUGCCGUCUCAAAGAAGCACAAUGUCCAGAGACACUAUGAAAGAAACCACAGCAGUUUUGCAAAAGAUUAUCCCCUAGAUUCCGAACUUCGGAAAAAAAAGGUCCAUGAAAUGAAAUCCAAAUUGGCGAUUCCACCGACACCGGCCACCAGACCUGUGGUGCAAUCCAAGAAUAAUACGAUGGCAUCUUUUAAAAUUGCAAGCUUGCUUGCAAAGAGGAAAAAACCUUUUGUGGAUGGGGACUUGUUGAAAGAGAUAUUUUUGACCGCCGGUGACUCAAUGUUCGAAGGUUUCCCUAAUAAAAAAGAAAUACUUGCAGCGAUUCAAAAAUUGCAGCUGUCUGGAAACACCAUCACAAGAAGAAUUGAGUCUAUAUCCAGAGACUUGGAUUAUCAGCUGCAAAGUGAUCUUCAGAAUUGCCUUUGGUUCGCACUUCAGUUUAAUGAAUCGACAGAUAUAACAGACCCGUCUCAGAUGGCAGUUGUUGCGAGAAUGGUUUUGAGUGAUCUUUCUGUGAUAGAGGAGCUACUCAGAAUACUACCUCUGAAAGGAAAAACAAGAGGUGAGAAUAUAUUUCAGACUUUCAAAGACUUUGCCAUGGAAAUAAAUUUGCCUCUUCACAAAUUGUCAUCUAUCACCACCGACGAGGGAGCAGCAACAGGGUGUAUCGGUGGGUUUAUCGCCCAGUGCCAGCAAGACGAAUCUUUUCCAAAGUUUGUUUCAUAUCACUGCAUCAUUCACCAGGAAGCAUUAUGUGCUAAAGUACUCCGGUUUAAACACAUAAUGGAUGUGGUUAAAAAGAUAAUAAACUCCAUCCGGGCCGUCUCCUCAAAACACAGGCUUUAUAAAGCCCUUCUGGAAGAUGUUGAUGCUGAGCACAAUGAUCUCCUUUUGCACACUGAAGGCAGGUGGCUGAGUAAAGGAAAAGUUCUGGCCAGAUUCUUAAACCUGAUUGAAGAAAUUAAGGAGUUCUUUAGGUCUAAAGAUCAGUAUGUUGAACAACUUGACGACAGGUUUUGGUUAAUGGACUUGGCUUUCCUUGCUGACUUGAUGCAAAAACUGAACAUUUUGAACUUUGAGCUUCAGGGUAAAGACAAGCAUAUUUCUGGGAUGGUCACUGCAGUCAAUGCCUUCAAAGAUAAACUGAGGUUGUGGAAGUCACACCUGGAGAGGAAAUCGCUCCUUUACUUCCCCUCAAUGAAGCAAGUCAUUGGAGAGAAUGAUUUCAACGGUGUGCCAUUUGUGGGUUACCUGGAGAUCCUGGAGGAGCAGUUCCUUACUCAAUUUGAGCAGCUCAUUGACAUCGAGCCUGUCGUGUCCUUUUUUGCAAACCCAUUCGACUCCAUCGAUGUCACAGUGACUGCCAUGGCCAUUGCAGAACUCUGCCAAGCUGGGCUGGAGGAAAUAGAGCUGGAGAUUGUGGACUUGCAAAAUGACUUGGUUUUGAAAUCUCAUUCAGGCCACGACAACUUUUGGAAUCAGGUUGGUUCCCAGAAGUUCCCUUUGUUGAAAAAGACUGCUGCAAAGGUAAACUCUUAUUUUGGGUCAGCUUAUCCGUGCGAGUCCCUUUUCUCUGCCAGAAAGUUUAUCAAGUCAAAAAACAGAACGCGGCUGACGCCUAAGCAUCUGGAUGACUGUUUGCGAGCAGCCAUCUCGUCGUACACUCCCAAUUAUAGCAAGCUUGCAGAUGACAUGCAGUGCCAGGCUUCACAUUAGUCUUGGAGCAGUGGCACAAUUUAUGUGAGGUGUGGUUGCUUUGUGUUAAUCAUUAGCUUUGAUUGGGUUAUUUUCAGUGGCUUCUGUUCUUUUCUAUGCUGUGUUUCCUUUCAACUGUAGCUGAUAUAUCACUCUUAAAUACAUCAUUUUACUUGUGACCGUGGGUGUAUAUUGUUGCAGUAACUCAGCCCAGGUAUAACCAAAAUGUCAUUAAAAAUGGCAAGCAAGCUUUUGAGUUCUCCGGACUGCUUCACCACACUUGAGUGUUAAGCGAAGUGGAUGGGGAGCUAGCUUAGUGUCCCAAAGACUGCAUUGGCCUCAGCCCCCAUCUGCACUAUACAGCCGCACCUUGGAAGUCGAACGGAAUCCAUUCCGGAAGUCUGUUCAUCUUCCAAAACAUUCGAAAACCAAAGCGUGGCUUCUAAUUGGCUGCAGGAGCUUCCUGCACUCAAUCAGAAGCCGCGGAAGCAAUGUCGGACGUUCAGCUUCCAAAAGAAUGUUCAAAAACCAGAGCAAUCACUUCCAGGUUUCGAUCGUUUGGGAGCCGAUUUGUUCGGAAGCCAAGGCAUUCGAGAUCCAAGGUACGACUAUAUUUAAAGCGGUACUAUACCACUUUACAGAGUCACAGCUUGCCAAAGAAUCCUUGGAGUUGUAGCUAAUAAACUCUCAGAAGUGUUUUGAGAGUUGCCCAGAGACUCCUAAUCCCCUCACAGAACUACAAUUCCCAAAGUUCCCUGGGAAGAGGGACCAGCUGUCGGACCACUCUGAAAACAGUAGCUCUUUGAGAGGAAUAGGGGUCUCCUAAGAAUUCCCAGCAGCCUUAACCAGCUCCAUUUCCCAGGAUUCUUUGAGGGAAGCCAUGGUUGUUGAAAGUGGCAUGAUACUGUUUAGAGCAGGUGAGGCCUGCUCUAAGUAGAGUAUGGGAAGAGGUUGUAGUCUUACUCGAAUAAGCUUCCUCAGCUGCUGCAUAGGUUUUAGGUGACACCAAGAGAUGCUAGGAUAAAGACUGAUUCCCCAUUUUUGAAAAUACAAAAUCCAGCAGUUAGAGAACUUUUGGGAAUGUUUCUUAGGGGUUAACACAGGUAUCUUAUUGCUUUUUGUAUAAUUAUUAUCCUGCUUGCCUUCUCUUCAUAUUGGGCUAAGGAUAUGGAAGCCCAAAGAACUUCAGUGGGGCUAGAGAAAUAUUUGCCAUAAACAGCAACAAAUCCUAUCGGUUUAUGCUAUUUUUGCUACACUUCAUUUACUGCUGAGCAGUGUUUCAAAUUAGCCAGGUGCCAUGCGCAUUUUGCACCUGACUAUUGGCCACUUACAACCAAGUGAAGAUGCCUGGGUGCCAGGAUCAGGCCUGAUGUCUCCAUCACCUGGAGGUGCAUGCCUGGGAAAUCCUUGGAUAAGGACUGUUUUCACACACUAAUACCACAUCCUGUAGAAUUCUAUCAGUUAUAUUUUAUCUGCACAAUCAGAAUGAAUUUCAGGAACCAAAAUGCUUUUUUCUGUGCAGCCUGAGCAACAGCAGUGAACAACAUUAUAGUAAAUUGUUGUAGCUUGUCGUCACUUACCUCACCCCACUGCCCUGCUCACAGCUGUGAAGAAUAUCCCUACGUUAUGAAUGGUCGGUGUCACCAUUAAGAAAAAGAAGUGGGAAUAGGCCAAUAUAUAUGUGGACUGUCCCUGGAUCAAGUGGCUUUUCUUCUUCAACGUCUCAAAAUUCUUAACGUAGCUCAAGGUUGUCAUCUGAACUAGCCAGAUGUUUAACUGAGAAUCAAUCACAGUUAAUCGCUUGAAAAAUAGGACUUUAGAGCCAUCUUGCCCCAAAAUGGCAACUACACAUUCUGUUUUGGCCACUGUAACCUUGGCUUAAGGAUCCAUUUGAUACCUAGCUUAUAUAUCUGAGUUUCUAACACUCCUGCUGAGGAAUUUCCUGUGCAGUCUGAUCCUACUUGUUUUGUUUAUUCAAAAGUGCUGCAAACACAAGAAACCAAGCUCAACUCAAGCGGAUGUGUAGCUGUAAUUCAGUGCCCACCACCACUUUCUAAAAAUCUUCUUUCUGUUUCAAAAAAGUUAUUGUUAAACCAUUUGUAAAAGUCUUCUCCCAAAAUUAUCUGUCGCCACAGGCUACAGGCACUUUGGAAUAAAACUGGUAAACUGUCAAAUAGAAGAUUUCAACCAGUUGUUACUAGCAAAGACAAACACCUUCAACAAUGUGAAAGAGAUCUAUCUGCUCAUUUAUAAGCAUAUGAAAAGGGAAACUUAACUGGGGAUGGUGGUGCGGUUCUCUGCUUUUCUACGAAGAGGUUACACAAUAUUAUACCCUUCAGCAUAGGGUUAGAGGAUUCCUAACUACCCUUAUCAGAACCCUAGGUUACUGCAAAAAGGAAAACUAUUUUGAGAGCAAACAACCUUAUUGCCAUUUCAGAGCACCUUCUCCCAGCAGGAGGCAGUUGCAUGGACUUAUAAAAUUGUUUUCUGGACUUUUCAUGAAAUAUAGCAGGGCACAGAAGUCCUCUCCCUUUACCACUUGAGCUCCUACUCAGGUGAUACCCUGAGAAUAUAUUUCAGCAGGCAUUGGCCACCCACUUUCAAACACGUUGUCUAAGUAAUAAAAGCUAGAAACUUGCUGCUUUUUUAAGAAGGACUUUGAGAAUCUCCAGAAGGUCUGUUUUACACCCUGAUUCUGUACCUUUACUGGUAGCAUUGUAGUAUAUAUUUGGCCCAACCUUUUAUAUUGAACCUGGAAACUAACAGGUAAACUGCACCGCUGGGAAAACUGAAGUGUAAUCUGCUUACUGUGGCUAGUUCAGUCUGGCUGAACACCUAAGGACCACUUUUUCACAUAACACUAUAUAAAGAGCAUCAUUAUGGUGCAAUAUAGAAGCUAUUUGGGGAAGAAGGUUGCAGGAUAGAUCUCAAGUUAUCAUCAAGAAAAAGCUCCAAAAAAGGUGCUUGUUCAAAAAAAGGAAUCCAGAUGUUGCCACCACCAUAUUUCCCUGGAACAAGAACAAAGAGAACUAGUAAAUAUUAGGUGCCUUAUAACCAUCCAUACCGGUGUCAACCUGAACUUUGUACUCCAGUUCAAAGCGCUGACCAGUGCUUUUUUUCUGGGGGUACUCAAGGGUGCGCAGUACUGGCACCUCCCCCCCAAAUGUUAAAAGUGUGGCACUUAGUGUAUGUAACAACUUCAUGGUGAGUACCGGCACCUCCUCCUCCCCAUAUUUUUAAGCGCUGGAGACUUAACUUGCAGAUAGAUACGUACACCAAGCUAUUGACUGACCAGUCAGUAGGAAAAUAAUCUUUCCACUAUUGAAUGAACUUUAUCAGAGAUAAUUUCAUGGUGGUCAUUCAUAGAAGUCAAAUAUACAAAACUCGGGAAUUAGACACUGUGUUGGUGCAAUUGUGGGACUUUAGGGACUUUCUGGCACCUCUAGUGAUCCUGCCUGUCCAGUUUGCACCUUUUGGUCUGUUGUGGCAGUAGAAAUUGGCACCAUCAUUGGUACUUGUAGCAAAAGUGGACGUGGCUUAGUUCCUUCUUCCUAUACUUAGAGACAACACUUCUUCGAUUGUAUUGAAACUGCUGGUCCUUUACCCGCCGGUGGCAGCCAGCUUUGUGGUUGCCCAGGGAUAGAAAGAUGGUUCAAGCAUUGCAAAUGAACAUUGGCUUCAAAAAGCAACGCAUAUUGCCUUUACGGAAAAACUCACCAACUCAACAGUUUUGCACGGUACUAUGAAACCAGAAGAUUACGCAGCUGUUUGGUGGACUUCCAUGACCUAUGUCAAUAACCGCCCACGCUUUAAUAUGGUCCCUGCUAAGUAUGAGUUUAUCUGGAAAUAACUCUGAUUUUUUUACCCUAGCUACUUACCUUUUCGCUAUGUAUCUUGGCAAAUGCUUUCAUACUCUACUAGCUUUGUUAUGAACAUGUUUUACGCUGCUAUCCCUUUAUCGUAAUCCCUGUACAUACUGCUUGUUCACUUUUAUGUAUAUUUACCAUUUUAGUUGCUUCGUCUUGUUUUUCCCUUCUCCUUUUUUCUCUUACUCAGUGCUGUAUACCUGUUGAAAUAAAAUAAACCAUUU